GUAUCUUGUCGGUUUUGGCAGCUGGCGCUGAUGAGAAUGGGAACUUUAACUUCUCUUCGAUACAGCUGAUCGCCAUGUCGUCGAUGAUAUCUGACCAAAUAAAUGCCGAUGUGAUUUGAUAUUAAAAAUAGUUAGUUUACAACUUUUGACGAUUGCUUUUAUUUCUUAAUCAGGUGUUUACGAUGUAGCGUCAGAUAGUUGGUAGAAAGGGGGCGAGGUUUGUUAUAAUUCAAACAAACAUCUAAAAUGUUGACAACAUUUAACACUCACAUCUGAAGAAUCGCAGCAAGAUAUAUUAUACUGUGCUACUGGAUUGAGCUCCUGGCCGAAAGUUUUUAAAAAAAUGGCAGGAAUAGCAUGGUAUCAGAAAAAGAUUGGAGCCUAUGAUCAGCAGAUUUGGGAAAAAUCACUUGAACAAACUGAGCUCAAGGGCUUUGGAAGCAAACCUAAAAAGACUGGCCAUAUCAAGCCAGACCUAAUUGAUGUUGAUUUAGUGCGAGGUUCCACAUUUAGCAAAGCCAAACCGGAGAGCCCUUGGACGGCUCUAACUCGCAAAGGCUUGGUCAGGGUCCUCUUCUUUCCUUUGUUCUUUCCGUGGUGGAUCCAAGUUACAUCUAAAUGCAUUUCCACCUGCAUCUUGGUUCUAUACUUUCUUCAGGUGGCUGGAGCUGUGCUGUAUUUUGAGGUACCAGCAGCCUGUGCCAGUGAGGUGGUGGGUCCAUUGUGUCUCAUGCUGUUGUUGGGUACAGUCCACUGCCAAAUAGUGUCCACAGAAUCCUCCAGAAGCCCAGACAACAGUCCUGUCUCCAGUCGGCCAGCCAGCCCUGUUCGCAGGAAAAGACAGAGGAAGAGCAGAAAAGCAAAGCGAUCAGAAGAUGAGGGUAGCAGAAGGGGAGGGAUUGUCGAACUCAGACCCUGGCAUCUUGAAGAAAACCACCGGCUCUACAGAUCAGAGAAGAGACUGAACUCUGUGAGGAGGUCUCAGUAUGGGCCUUCUGAUGACCUCUCCAGUGAGGAAGAGGAAGCAGAUAAAGCAGAGCUGCAUAGAGACAGACUCUUUUCAUCAGCACCUCCCAAGUACGCCCCAGCACUCAGGAAUAGACUUCGCAAUGUCCCCAAGAACCACCUACAUCCACAACCUCAGGGAGGAGGUGAUGCCGUUACAACAGGCACUCCAGCACUGCUGCGUGAAGUUGAAAAUGUACUGCCAUCGGAGGGCUCACGCCCAGCCUCUGACACAGAUGAUAUGCUAUGGGAGGAGCUUCUACAGGAUCCUGACUCCGCCUCCUCAGGAAGCAGUGACAGUGGAGGGGAGCAGCUUCACAGUCAUAGCCACUCCCUCUCACUACCCAACAUCACUUUAACAAGUGAUGAGGAUGAGGCCCUACCGCAGCACCAGUUUUCAUGGCUGCAGGCCUGCCACCCCUCCAGAGACCGUGUCAGUGCCAUUAUCUGGGAGAAAGGAGAGUGUAAAAAAGCUGAUAUGUCCGUGCUGGAGAUCAGUGGUAUCAUUCUUUCACAAGUGAAGGUGGUUGAACAAGGGAUGGGUUAUCUGAUCUUUGGCAGCCUGGUCACUGCUUCACUGGCACUGCUGCCAUACUGCUUCAGGCUGGCACAGAAACUGGAUAUUGCGAAUUUCAGUUCUGUUUCCCUUGAGGAACUGCCAGCAGUGGCUUUUGGGCCUCCCAGUGCCUUGUCCUAUGCUUUCUUCACCAUCACCACAGUGGAGAGAGCUUUCCUGACUGGGCUCUUUUUCUUUAUGAUGUGUGUGGCUGAGAGAACGUAUAAACAGCGCCUUCUAUUUGCCAAACUCUUCAGCCAUCUCACAUCGGCACGGAAAGCCAAAAAGUCUGAGAUUCCUCACUUUCGACUGAAGAAAGUACAGAACAUCAAGAUGUGGCUUUCACUUCGAUCAUUCCUUAAGAGGCGAGGGCCCCAGCGCUCAGUCGAUGUCAUUGUGUCAUCGAUUUUCCUCCUGGCGUUGUCCAUUGCCUUCAUCAUAUGUGCCCAGCUUUUGCAUAGUCACCACACAUUCCUGGACUCCGAGACCAACUGGGAGCUGAUGGUCUGGUGUGCUGCUCUCAUGGUUUUCCUGCUACGCCUCGCUACCCUCGGGUCAGAGACCAAUCGAAAGUAUAGCAAUGCUUCUGUGCUUCUAACUGAACAGAUAAACUUGUAUCUGAAGAUGGAAAAGAAACCCAACAAAAAGGAUCAGCUAAACAUAGUGAACAAUGUGUUGAGGCUAGCCACAAAAUUACUGAAAGAACUGGACACUCCAUUUCGUCUGUUAGGUCUGACAGUGAACCCACUUGUCUACAAUAUUACAAGAGUAGUCAUCCUGUCAGCCAUCUCCGCUGCAGUCAGCGACUUGUUGGGGUUCAACAUUAGGCUCUGGAAGAUUAAACCAUAAACGAUGCCACUACACUUCCAUCGUCUUAACACUGGGGCCAGAGGGACUCUUAAGUGCACUUAUGUACAACCUACCAGAUGACCAAGUUAUGCGAUCUUUAAAAACUGUGCAAAUCUACUGACCAUACAUGCAUGAUGACUUUGCCUUUAUACCCUGUGCCAACGGCCAAACCUGUGUUCAGCAUGGCUUGUGCUUCUAGAAUAUUUCCUCAAAUUUGAGUUCUAGAAUCAUAAAGCACACUUAAACUUGAAAAUUGAAUGAUGCAUCCUGUAUGCAGUGGCUUUUCAUGAUGCAGUUGCUGUGGCUAUUUAAGAGCUUGAUGUCAUAUUCCAACUAGUGCCCUUUGUUUCCCAUAAAUGUAUUUGCUGUGAAUGUUAUCUGGUCUGGAUAUAACAAUUUAAAACAGAACCACUAUGUGCCUUGUGAAUAAUUACAUAUAACAGUACUUUAGGAUAAGCUAUUUAUGAAAUAUGGAUUGGUGAAGUGCUGAAUGGGCAAUGAAAUUAUUUUGUUUAGAAAGGGUACUAAAAACUUUCACACUGAAGCUCUUGGUGGGAGCAUCGCAUUGCAUUCAAAUAAAACUUUUAUCUAAC